UUUUCGCGGAAGGAUGAAGAAAGCCAGUUUGACAACAUAUUACGUCACAAGUUGUGACGAACGAAACAGUGAAGAGUUUUACUUUCACUAUUUAUUAUUCUGCAGAAAUAAGAUGCGAAAAGGAGCUUAACGUAACAUUGGCCUUGAUGGCGGAUGUUGAUGGAAAUGGCUGUUCUUCGGGAAAUUUCAGUGAUGACGUAUACCAAAAGAAACCUAUCAGUGAAUGGCAAGAAAGUGAUAUAAAGGCAGCAAGAGAAUUUAUCGAAGCAACAGUUUUAAAUAUUUCAUUUAAAGCACUUUGCGAACUUGUGAAAGAAAGGCCAGAUGAUCCAAUACAGUACGUGAUUGAUUUUCUAAUAAAAUAUAAAGAUGAGUAUUCAAAGGAUAUCAGUUUAAUGAAAGAUUCAAAAAAGAUGGAAUCCGGAAUCGAAACUGAAAGCAGACAAAUUCCGGAUAGAAAUCAUUGGGUUGAAAUUUCUUUAGCUACAAAUUCACAAACUGAAGAAUCAUUAGAAGCUUUCUUUGAUUUAAAUCCAGAACUAAGAGUGAAAUUUGAAAAUCUAUCAGCAUCAUCAGAAAUUCAACACAAUGAGACAGAUUUAGACCCACAGGCAAGCUUGAAAUCUGAAGAGCUAUCGACACAAGAAAUUUCGCUCAAUUUAGACCCACAGGCAAGCUUGAAAUCUGAAGAGCUAUCGACACAAGAAAUUUCGCUCAAGCAACAGGGCCAUGAUGUUAAAGAUAGUUCAUCAGUAAUAGAACAAAUUGACUUUAGAGUGAAAAAGUGGCAAAUGCAAUGGAAAAAGACUUUCCCUGCGAAGCGGCCCCAAAUAGAAAAUCCGAAAGAAGGUUAUAAGAUCUUACCCACUCGAUUUUACUUGGAAGCAACAGUGUUAUCUAUCAUAAGGGAUGCUUUAGAUAUUAUUAUAAUAGAAAGGCCAGAGGAUCCAAUACUGUGCAUGACUGAUUUCAUGAAAAAAUACAAAGCAUUGUAUCAAAGUUAAUUUAUGUGAAAAUUCAAGUUCGAAGUUUUAUCAGCCGUCCUCCCUCCUUCAAAAUUUAAUUGUAAUCAUUAUCAAUAAAAUAUUUCGCAAUUAA